AUGUUUGUUCCUGUGGCCAGUAACCUGUGUCGCAUCGUUGAAUCAGAUGAUGAAAGUGAUUCUGGUGAAGAGACAACUGUUAUUUAUCAAUCUUCAAGUACCUUUGCUUCACAAGUAUUUACUCCAACAAAUAUUCGCGAUAAUUCUCCUAGUCAACUACAUAAAAUAGCUAAAGCACCUAUUAGAAGGUCUCAAUCAGCGUUUAUUGUUCCCUUGACUGUUGUAUUAGAUUUAGAUAACACUUUAAUCUGCAGUUCAAAGGAACCCAGCUCCUCUUUUGAUUUUAAUAUUGCUGUACCAGACGGAAAUGGUGAUAUUGAAACGGUCUACGUUACAAAACGACCUCGUUUAGAUGGUUUUCUAACUAAAUUGUGCCAAAUUUCUACACCAUAUCUCUUUUCAUCAGGAGAUAAGGUUUAUGUUGACCAAGUCAUGUCAUUUAUUGAUCCUUUGGGUCAAAUUUUUAGCAAAGUUUUUUACAGAGAAUCUUGCAAAUUGGCGACCCCUGGAGUGUACAUCAAGGAUCUGUCAGUGGUCGGCACAUAUUUGCCUCGUACUUGUUUGGUUGAUGACCAACCAGAAUCUUUCGGAGAACAAACCGAAAAUGGCGUUAAGAUUACACAAUUCAAUGGUGAUCCACAUGAUCGUGAGCUCGAUACUUUACUUACAAUCCUUGAAAAGCUCAGAACAUUCGAUGAUGUUCGACCAAUUCUUAGAAGAGUUAAUCAUAAGUAA